CUCCGACAGAUUCGGCCCCUCCCUCCCUGAGCUUCAGCGGCCCGCCCCACCAGCGCGAACUCCCGAUUGAGUUUUGCCCGAGUCUGGGGGAACCUGGACGGCCUGGGAAAGCGUCAGAAAGACAGAGGGCCGUCCCGUAAUUUAGCUACCGAUUUCUGGACUGCACACACAGAUGCGGUGUCAAGAGGAUGGACGACGAUGUAACAGGGCUGCAACUCCAUUCUCAAGAGCCCAAGAUCAUAUUCCACGAAUCAGAUGAGGGGGAUGCCCGGGGGGAGGAGAUUCUGGUGGAGCUCCAGGAGACGGUCUUCGUGUCGGAGGUGGACGGGGAGGAGGUGGCGGUGCAUGGCUUCACCCCAGAGGAGCUGGUGAUCCAGGACGCCAUCGAGGACGUGGUGACCGAGUAUGUGCAGUGUGCUGAUGAGGAGGAGGUUGCCAUAGAGACCUGUGUGAUGUCACUGGAGGGGGCAGAAGAGGGGCUGCAGGUGGACGUCGUCCCUGAAGAGGUGCUGGUGGCGGACUGCCCAGCCCAGGGAGAGAUUGACCAUGAGCAGGACCAGGAUACCUGUGGGGACUACCUGAUGAUCUCUCUCGAUGAGCCGGAUCAGAUGGUGCAGAGCAAUGAUGCAGAGGUCACUGCUGAAGGUGGUGUGGAUGACCAGGGGAAGGAGGAGGACGGUCAGGAGGUCAUCAAGGUGUACAUCUUCAAGGCUGAUUCUGAGGAGGACGACUUGGGUGGCACCGUGGACAUCAGUGAGAGCGUGAUGGAGUGUGAACAGGGUGUGGGCCUGCCAGACCCCUCAGGGCGAUCCCACAGAGAAAAGAGGGUGUACAUGUCUAUGAGUGAAGCGCGUCAUCAGCAGGAGGAUCUUGGUGUUUCGAAGAUUGCUGAUGAGGUGUACAUGGAGGUUGUGGUAGGAGGGGAGGAGGCAGUAAAUCAAGACCGUUCAUAUGACAACACUGCUCUUAGCAAGGACUUUAUGCCUGUGGCCUGGGCUGCCGCCUAUGCAGGAGCGGAGGAGAGCGAGGGCUGUGAGAACAGGAACGGAGCAGCGAGCGCUCUGCUGCACAUCGAUGAAUCUGGCUCGGAUGCUGGCGGCGUCAACAAGACCAUCAAGCAGCGCAGCAAGAGGCGGAGCGAGCCCUGCCAAAUCCAGACAGCAAUCAUCAUCGGGCCAUAUGGCCAGCCCCUGACCGUGUACCCUUGCGUUCUCUGCGGCAAGAAGUUCAAGUCGCGCGGCUUCCUGAAGCGCCAUACCAGGAACCACCACCAGGAGGUGCUGAACAGGAAGAAGUACCAGUGCACCGACUGCGACUUCACCACCAACAAGAAGGCCAGCCUGCACAACCACAUGGAGGUGCACACGCAGAGCAGCAAGGCCCCCUUCGAGUGCGAGGAGUGCGGCAAGGAGUUCCACCAGCAGUCGGCGCUCUACUCCCACCAGCUGCAGCAGUGCACCCCCAAGGGCCAGGCCGCCACCAAGAUGCACAAGUGCAAGUUCUGUGACUACGAGACGGCCGAGCAGGGGCUGCUCAACCGCCACCUGCUGGCCGUCCACAGCAAGAACUUCCCGCAUAUUUGCGUGGAGUGCGGCAAGGGCUUCCGGCACCCCUCGGAGCUGAAGAAGCACAUGCGCACGCACACGGGCGAGAAGCCCUACUGCUGCCUCUACUGCGACUACAAGUCGGCGGACUCCUCCAACCUCAAGACGCACGUGAAGACCAAGCACAGCAAGGAGAUGCCCUACAAAUGUGAGCGCUGCUUCCAGACCUUCCCCGAGGCAGAGGAGCUGCAGCAGCACAUGCUGACGCACGACGAGGCCAAGACCCACCAGUGCGUCCACUGCGAGCACAAGAGCUCCAACUCCAGUGACCUGAAGCGACACAUCAUUUCCGUGCACACCAAGGACUACCCGCACAAGUGCGCCACCUGUGGCAAGGGCUUCCACCGGCCGUCCGAGCUGAAGAAGCACGCCGCCUCGCACCGGGCCUCGCACUCCGCCUCCCACCACGCCAAGAAGCUCCACCAGUGCCGCCACUGCAGCUUCAAGAUCGCCGACCCCUUCGUGCUCAGCCGCCACAUCCUGUCGGUCCACACCAAGGAGCAGCAGGCGUUCGCGGACAAGGGCGGCAAGAGGACCGUGGUUGGGGCGCCGGGGGUUGGGGGGAAGAAGGGUGUGAUCAAGGGCGGGGCCAAGGUGCACCGGGAGAGGCGGGUGUACCAGUGCCAGUACUGUGACUACAGCACGGGCGACGCGUCGGGCUUCAAGCGGCACGUCAUUUCGAUUCACACCAAGGACUAUCCGCACCGCUGCCAGUUUUGCACGAAGGGCUUCCGCCGGCCCUCCGAGAAGAACCAGCAUAUCAUGCGCCACCACAAAGACAUGGUGCAGACGGAGUGAGCAGACUGGAGCCCACACGCUGACCCGCGCCCGCCGCUCUAGCGUUAAUGGCAUUAAUGCACACCUACCGUAUAUCCAUCGCCCCUAGUGCUAAUGGCAUUGAUGCACUGGCAUAAAUGCAGCCUCAAGAAGAGGCCUCUCCUGUGGAACUGUAACAGCCAGCCCUGUAUGUGUGCGCGUGUGUGUAUGCGUGUGUGUGUGUGCGUGCACGCGUGUGACUGGGCGUAUAUUUGUGCGCGUGCAUUUGGCAUUUGGACCCCAGGUGGCUCCAGAGGGAUCAUGCCUGCCGAACACCAGGUCAGGACCCCUGGGUGUGCUCUCAGUGCUGAAUCGUCAUAAAUUCUGUCUUCCUGAUUGUUUUGUGUUCAUUUACAGUAUACUUUUUUGCAACAAAAAAAAAAUAAAAUUGUAUAAAUGAUAAGGCUAAUGGAAUCAGGGGAAUUGCCCUGGAUAGUCUUGCACUUUAGCUAUGGGACCCCCUGCAGGUGGGAGUGUGUAUGGCAGGACAUGCCACAUGC